GCUGAUAAACGCAGUACGCCGGCGAUAUGGAGAAGCACAAUGGAGGUUUUGAAGAGGAUAAGCUUUCGGAGCACUCGGAAACAUCGUACACUGAGAACAAAAAAAAUACCCUGCAAUUGGUUACCGGAGGGAUAGAUCCUGAAGAGGGCUGCAGCAAUGUUACGUUGAUCGAAUUGAAGCAAAAGUCCAGAUUCUCUGAGCAACUGGAAUGGUACUACUCACCAGCAUACUUGCUCUUCUGGGUCGGACUAUUCUUCGCAGUGUGCUAUCCACUGUUUAACCACCUGCCCACUGGAGUCAAGAUAGAGGAGGAGGCCAACUUACCGGGCACCUUUGUGGCUCAGCGGGCGGAGAGCAUACUGAUCCGGCUGGAUCUUAUGGGCCCCAAGAUAGCGGGGGAUUACGUGACGGAGGUGGAAAUGGUUCAGUUUUUGCUUGGCGAGAUAUCAAAAGUGCGGGAGGAGAUGAGGAAUGAUUUGUAUUAUAUGGAGGUGGAUGUACAGCGCUCCAGUGGUUCUUUUCUCCAUUGGCAAAUGAUUAACAUGUACCAGGGCAUUCAAAAUGUGGUGGUGAAACUCAGUUCCAAGAGUUCCAACAGCACCUCCUACCUAUUGGUCAACAGUCAUUACGACUCCAAGCCCAGCAGUGUGGGAACUGGUGAUGCUGAGUUGAUGGUUGUGACCAUGCUGGAGACACUCCGCUUAAUGGCCACGUCCGAGGAGCCCUUUCUGCACCCAAUAGUAUUCCUGUUCAAUGGCGCUGAGGAGCAGCCCUUCCAUGGUUCACACUCGUUCAUAUCCAACCAUCGAUGGUCGGCGAACUGCAAGGCGUUAGUCAACCUGGAUUCGGCCGGAGCUGGUGGCCGUGAAAUUCUCUUCCAGGGGGGUCCCAACCAUCCCUGGCUAAUGAAGCAAUACAAAAAGAGUGCCAAGCAUCCCUUUGCCACGACAAUGGCCGAGGAAAUCUUCCAGGCGGAUCUGAUACCGUCCGACACAGAUUUCCGUAUCUUCCGUGACUUUGGCCCAGUGCCAGGUCUGGACAUGGCUGGUUGCUACAAUGGUUUCGUAUAUCACACCAAGUUCGAUCGCUACAAGGUUAUUUCCCGAGGUGCUCUACAAAACACUGGCGAUAAUGUGCUUUCUUUGGUCCGCAGUAUAUCCAAUGCGGAGGAAAUGUACGAUACAGAGGCUCAUUCCGAGGGUCACUCUGUGUUCUUCGACUAUCUGGGUCUUUUCUUCGUUUACUAUACGGAGUCAACUGGCACAGCUCUUAAUAUCUCGUUCUCGCUGGGCGCCAUUCUGGUUAUAUGCCUUUCCUUGUGGCGCAUGGCCAGGGUCACGGAUCGGAGAUUGGGCACCUACGCUCGCGCCUUUGGGAUGCAGUUCCUCCUCGCCAUUCUGGGUUUCUUGCUGGCCCUCGGCUUCCCAUUGCUGAUGUCUGUGUUCUACGAUGCCGGCGAUCGCACGAUGACGUACUUCAGCAACAGCUGGCUGGUCAUUGGUCUCUUCAUCUGCCCCUCUAUUAUUGGACUUGUCCUGCCUGCGACCCUCUACUUGUCCUUGAGACCCAGCGAGAAGAUACCGCACACCUAUCACCUGCAGAUCGUGGGACAUGCCUACUGUGUUUUCAUGGCAGUACUGUGCAUUCUACUAACCAUCGUAGGUAUUCGCACUGCGUAUCUCUUUAUGAUGUGUGUAUUCUUCUACUUGGGAGCUUUGAUCAUCAACCUGGCUACUCGACUUCAUGAUCAAGGCUAUCUUUGGGCUCUGGUGCUCUGUGUUUGCCAGAUACUUCCCUAUCUGUACUUCACCUACCUGUUCCAUGCUCUUCUGGUUAUCACCAUUCCGAUGACGAGUCGCAAGGGCAUGGAUGCUAAUCCCGAUUUGUUGAUCUCCUUGGAGUGCGCACUGGGAUCUAUUCUGGCAAUGGUGUUUCUGGCUCCACUGCUGAAUCUUUUCCGGCGACCAAAGGCCAUGGUUGGAGGAUUGACAUUGGUUAUGUUCAUUUUCUGCAUGAUUUCUGUUUCGGAUGUGGGCUUUCCAUAUCGCCCCACAACAAACGUGAUGCGUCUCCACUUUUUGGAGGUACAUCGCAAGUUUUACGAGUUCGACGGUUCCAUUAGCCUGGAGGACAGUGGUUACUACUUCGACUUGCAGGACAGGCGCUUUGAGAAUCCUCUGCUGGACAAGAUCAAUCUCACUGGAAUUACUCGCGUUGAUGACUACUGCGAAACCGAGAUGUAUUGCGGCUUGCCGUGCUUUAACCACCGUUGGUGCUCCGCCGUAAAGGACGCCCGUUGGUUACCUAGGGAUGAGCCCGUCGAUUUGCCUGGUACUCCGGUUUUGCAGUUCCUGAACAAGACUGUAUUGGGAACUGAGUCUGCUCCGAGGGCUCGAUACUACUUUGAAGUGUCAUCGGGGCCGCCGAGGAUGAGUUUCUUUGUACAGCCUCGGGAUGGAGUAAGGAUGCUCAGCUGGUCGUUUCUAAAGGGAAUGCUGGACAAUCCAUCGGUCUACAAGCCGCCAUAUCACAUAUUCUUCGGCUAUGGCAGCGACAAUUCGCCUGUUGAAUUCUUUUUCGAAAUGACAAAGGACGACGGCAACUUUGACGGGCCAGUGGUGGAGCUGGGUAUCUCUGGACACUAUAUGAGUCAUCUAAGUAAACGCGAUGCGACGACCCGAAAAUUCAUUGAAGAUCUGCCGGAUUUUGCCCAUCCCAUGGAGUGGCCAAGUUCCUAUGAAAGAUACAUAUUCUGAGAUAGAC